AUGUCUGAAAUCAACAAAGCUCACGACUAUAUGCAGAGUUUCUGUCAGCAAUGCCUAGUAAUAUAUAAACCUGGUUUUCUCACCUGCAACAUACACUUGCAUCUUCAUUUUCGUGAGACCAUCAACAAUUUUGGACCAGUGUAUGGUUAUUGGCUCUUUGGUUUUGAGAGGUACAAUGGGCUGCUUAAGAAAAUUGACACCAAUCGAAAAGACGGAUUUGAGGCUACAUAUAUAAAAACAUUCAUUAAUGAUGCAUAUAAGGGUAAUUACAUGCGAAAGGUCUUGAUAUGCCCUAGCCUAGUCCCCUUCAUCCCACUCCUUCAAAAACUUACUUCCUCUGCCACAACUACCGCCAACUAUGAUUCCUAUGCCUCCUAUGCCUUCUAUGCUUCCCUUUCACACCAAAAUUUCCGAUUGCAACAAUUUGUUAACAUAUUCUUAUGCCCAUCACCUUCAACGAAAGGCAACAAACCACUUCCUCUGUCAUCCUUCCCAUUACGUUCCUUAAACGCAUUGACAAUGAGUGAUAUUAAUUAUCCUCAAUUACUCCAUUUUUAUCAGCUUGUAUAUGCCAAUCCUGGUAUUGUUAGUUACCGCAAUACUUCCUUAUGCCCUUAUUUUGUUGAUAAUCAAAUCACAAAAUUAAAAUCAAUCAAUCUCCUUGGCCAAAUAUAUAAAGGCAAAAACAGUUGUGAAAAUCGUGGGUCUUUUGUACAAGCAAUGUUUCUUGGUGGCAACAACGUAACUAAAACCGCAUGCACAGGACAAAUUCAGUACUUGUUCAUUCAAUCAUUCACACCUCUACCACAUCCAAACUCUCCUGCAUCCCAAGUCCAUAAAAAAAAACACAUCUUUGCAUAUAUUCGAUGGUUAUCAAUUACAGCUGAUAAAAGGCGCGAAACUGAAAGCAUUGAUAUCUACUUGCCAAACUUCACGCCAGACAAUUACCAUAGCAUUCUGCCAGUACAUCGCAUUGACAUGGAAGUUGCAACUGCUAGUGAAAAAACAAGAAAUAAUAUCAAAAAAACACUUGUCAUUCCUUUACCCAAAAAAUAUUAUGUCUAA